AUGUUUGACGGCUCAGGUGAUGAGGAGAAAGAGAUUAGAACCAUGGAUGACUUAUUAGUUGGUGUUGGUCUGAGAGAUACCAUGACAGUUCUUGAAGGUCGCAAGGAGGACCGAGAUGAAAUUAAAUUUUAUAUGUUGUUGAGGGGAGAUAAGAGAGAGACAGAGACUCAGGCUUACAGUACUCUCAAUGAGACAAGCAUAACUCCUGUUGAUGCCUCCUCAAAAGAUGGCCAAGUUACUCCCAACUCCAUCUUUGAAAAACCCCGCUUUGUAUCUGGAACAGUGGAAAGAGAUUUGAAGAAUAUAGGAACAUUUAUACCUGGUUUCCAGCUGAUCAAAAGAAGUAGGACCAUAUUUAGGAUACUAAAGAAAUUGCUUGAUAAUAUGUUCUGGGAAUCGCAGUACAAGUUCAUAUCCUACAAAUAUUUGAAGAAGGAGCUCAAUUCGAUCUUUCCCAUCCCAUGGAGUCACAAAAGAGCAAUAAAUAUAUGGGCACUUCCCGAUACUAUGCAGUUACUAAAUGGUCAAAUUUUGCGUGUUUAUAAUGUCUAA